AUGACACAACACUUGGAAAACCAACCAGAAAACACAGGACCAGUGAUUGAAGUUGAUGACGCGGUGAUUGAUAUUGGCGAUUCUAAACAGGAGAAGGAUUCGAGUUACGGAGAUGAGCUAUCAAGCUACACCACAUCAGUAACAUCAAGUGUCCUUGCCCAUGAAUACAAGCAUGGACGUCGCUAUCACAGCUACCAUGCAGGAAGUUACCAGUUCCCAAAUGACGACGAGGAACAGGACCGGCUUGAUAUGUGCCAUCACGUCUACUAUCGAGCUCUAGGCGACCGGUUGUUUCUUGCUCCGAUCAGCUUGGACGGAAAGCGAGUUCUAGAUAUAGGGACGGGCACAGGAAUUUGGGCAAUUCAAUCGUCGGUAAUGAUCUUAGUCCAAUUCAGCCGCAGUGGUAAAAGGCGGUCGAUCGCCUUGUGCUUGGAUAUUUCUAACGAGAUAAGGGUGCCUCCGAAUGUCAAAUUUGUGGUCGAUGACGUCGAGCAAGAGUGGGCGAACCCGCAACCAUACGAUUUCAUCCACUGCCGAUAUAUGGUAGGCUCGAUCAGGGACUGGCCGAAACUCGUGCGUCAAUGCUACCAGAAUUUGAGGCCAGGUGGUUGGGUCGAAUUCCAAGACACCACGAACAGACUCUAUUCUGAGGAUGGCACACUGAAAGCCGACAAUAACUUACUCAAGCUGAUGACUGGUCUUAUCGACGCUUGUGCGAAAAUUGGCAUAUCAGGAGACUUCACACCACAGAUCAAAGGCGAAGUCGAGAAGGCUGGGUUCGUGAAUGUCGAAGAGAAGAUUUUCAAGAAAGAGAUUGGAGCCUUUACUGCUCUUCAAUUCAUCGAAGGUGUUGAAGGUCUCACUGCUGCUCUCUUCUCCGAGAUACUUGGUUGGUCCAAGGGGGAGAUUGUGGUCUUUAAUGCGAAAGUCAAGGAAGAUUGCAAGAGAAGAGAUGUCCAUUGCAUGCAUGAAAUACGCGUAGUCAUCGGGCAGAAGCCGGAGUAG